AUGAGUUCCACCUCCACACAAGCUGGCGGCCACCAACCGGCUCGCACCCCGCCGUCGUCACUUCCUCACAAUCUUGAGCAACUGCUCGAUCGCGUGCGCCUCAGUCAGAAUGACGUCAGUCUCUUCUCCGACUUGCUUCACGCUGCUUGCACCUACCUCGACUCUCCCGAUGCAAAACAGUCUCACAUCUUUUGCUCCAUCGGCCGACCUUGCGACUUUGAGCUGGAAAGUUGCAUGCUCCGUGUCUUCAGUUUCCGCAACAAGGCCCAAAUCGAUCGUUGGAGGGCACGCGUAACCUCGGCCAUCUACUCCAACUGUAUCGAAUGCUACAAGGGGUUUCUCAGCGCAAAGCAUCAACUCCGUUCCGUCUAUCUCUCGUCCUUCCCCCAAGACAAGCUCGAUGCCUUCUUCGCCUACUUGGACUCGGUCGAAGAGCAGAUCGCCCUCGACGUCCUCGAAAAGCUCAAAUCCACCUCUGAGCCUGUCCCUCUCGCCAAGCUCUCACGCGCCGAGAUUUACGCUCUUCUCACCUUGGUCGCCUCACCUGCAGCCACCAAGCUCAAUGCCGCUGUCAAAGCCAUGUGGAAGAGCGACCAGCUCUCCAACCUUCAGGAGUUGCCUGCUGGUCUGCUCACCCUCUGCCUCGACGAUAGCGCCAUUGUCCGCUCCUAUGCCGCCAGGCCCAUGCUCUUCCUCAAACCGCUUCCACCAGACAUGGCCAACCUCGCCAUCUUUGCAGACGCCCUCCGUCGCGUUCGAGUCCAUUAUUCCGAACAAUCCGCCCAAGCCGAUUGGUCCCUCCUCUCCAUUUUGCUCAACGCUGCUCCGUCUCUCGCUGCUCCACUCACCCCUGUCAUUCUCAGCCACCUACACGACCGACAUGACCGUUUCAGUGAUGUCCUCCGUGCAUAUGCUACACUCUUGAAAAUCCGCGGUCCUGACAUCUGGUCCCCUAUCGACGCUGCGUCCUCACCAACCUCACACAAGCCCGAUGAAUAUGCCACCGUCAUCCUUUCCGCAAUUCUCGACAAUCCCUUUUUCACAAAGCCUCUCUUCGAAUCGCCACAAUCCGUCGCCAACCCGCGUGAAAGGGGUCUCUUUUUCGGUUGGAUGCGACCGCACCUCGAUACGCUCCAAUCACAUGGCGGAAUGCUCUUCAGCGAAGCCAUCAAACGCAUAGCCAAUUUUUUGUUCGAACGCAUGCAACACGGUCACGUCCCCAACGAGUGUCGCACUGUGGCAUUUACCGAGGCCAUCGACCUUGUCCUCCAUCACUCUGACCAAACCAACAGCAGGCAAGUCGUCGAUCUUUAUGCCGCUCCCAUUUCGCAGAUUGCUCUCGCAGACGAUGCCAAAUCGGAUCAAUCCACAAGUCGUGCAGCCCGCGACCUCAUCAUUCAAGCUUUCGAACGAGAUGCAAACACAAUCAUGCAGGCGCUCCUCAAGCUUUCGUCGCUCUCCAGCAGCAACAGCCUCAAAUACAAGGAGCGCCUUCGCGCUCAGCGAGAAAAAAAGUCGCUCCCACCCGCCGAAUCUUUCUAUCAGGAGCUUGCGCUUCAAGAUUACCCCAUGGUCGAGAUCUGCAGCAUGCUCUGGAAGCAAGUCUACACCGUCACACUCACAUCCACCUCCAAGCACGGCGUCAGCAUCCUCUUGGGCGCGCUAGCACGCAUCGCCGUUUGCAUGCCACCCUCCUUGCACACCCACACCCUCAAGCCGCCUUCUACGGGCACCAAUCUCGCCUACGAUGCCUAUGUCACGCGCGUAAGGCAGUCAACAGCAUCUAUUCUCAGUGCCUUCCGCGCCAUGCGACGCCCCGAUUUUGCCGAGCGUCUCGCCGAUUUUGGCGAGCUUGUCCGCGAAGACGAGGUGCAGCAGCUUUGCACUGCCGAUGCCUAUAGCCUGCUUCUCGUCAAUCUGUGUCCCGAUCCAGACGUCUAUCGUCCAGCUCAGAACCUGCUUCGCCAAGCCUUCAGCACUGCUGAAAGUCGUGCAGACUGCUUCCGUAUCUUGUUCCAGAUCAAUCACGCUUCGUCUUUUCGUGCCCUCACCGACUAUCUUCAGCGCUUUAUCAAGGUCACCGGCCGCUUCGUCGAGGCCAAUGAACUCGCAAAAUGGAUGGUUCGAAGCUUUGCCGAUAUCGUCAACGUGCUCGCCGGCAGCACCGAUGGUGUCUUGCGACCUGGAACGUCGUGGACGCUUAUCGAGGAUCGUUCGACGCUCCAAGUCGUGUCCCUCAGAGCUCCGACCAUCUGGCGCCUCAUGUGCGAGAGUGUAGCGUCUAUCUUCCGACGCACUCCCUCAUGGUCCACACUGCUGCCCCGUGAAGAGAUGGUCGCUUGGUUCCGAGACGUGACCAUCUUUGCCUCGGAGAUGGUCGACGCUCUCGCUGUCUUUCGCAACGUCGUGCGCCGCGCUUCUGAGGCUCCUUCAAAAUGGGCGGCCAAGGUCGCUGGCGAUGCCGACACCGAAGGCCUGGAGCCCGCCGAGGACGAGAUGAUGGUGCAUGCUCUGGCCUUGCCCGUCGAGUGCGCCACCAGUUGGCUCCGUAUGAACGACGAGGACAUCCUUCGCGAGACCCAGUCCUUUAUCCUCAAGGCGCUUGACCAGUUCGGCGUCGAGUACGACUUGCCCGCUAAAUCCAAGAAAAAGAUGCUCGACUUUAUCAUCGAGCAGAUGGAUAUCAAGGACGCAGCCGCACGACACACUCUGCUUUCACUCGACGAGCUCGCAGAUCUCAAGCUACGCCUUGAUCCCAACGUCGGUGUCAUUGAGAUCAGUGACGAAGACGACGACACUGCCAGCGCUGCUUCGGACGCCAAGGUGGUCCAGUCUACCUCCACUGUAUCUGCCGCUACCCCACCAGCUACGUCUCUGAGGCGCGCAGACGGUACUACUCUGGCUGCUAGGCCAUCCUCUUCCGCCACAUCAUCAUCACGAUCGAAGCCACCAACAGAUAAUUCACACUGGUGGGCUGGCGUUGGCAACCUCUCCAUGCUCUCCAGCAGCCAAGAGCGACGCAAAAAUAGGCUCAAACAGUCGAAACUCAGCUUUGCAAAGGUCGACCCCAACGACAUCAUCGAUGUUGACAAUGACAACCACUCUACGACGACGCCCAAGAAGCCCAUCACGCUCGACUUUACGCGUCCAAAAGCCGCGCCUGCGUCCCCCGCUGCUCCUUCUGCACCCAUCAAUGCGUAUCGUGGCGCUGCGGCACGAGGCGUCUACCCAUCUUCCAGCGCACUAUCGACAGCAUCACGCGGCGGUCUUCCAAAGACGAGCACCGGCAAGAUGGCCCAGCUGCGCCAAGAGCUGGGCGGCGCAAGUCGCUCAUGGAAGCAGCAAAACAACAAUGCGCGAUCGAGCGAAGCGCGCUGGGGUCGCAAUCAUGAAGACGACGUCACCGUCAAGGCACCUGCUGCCGUCAGCUCCGUCACAGGGGCACUCAUCAACAAAAUGCCACGCCCAACCACCGAAGCGGCCAAAGCAGCAGCAGCAGCAGCAAGAAAAGCCGGAGGAAACGAGAGCGAUACCACAGCCUCGUCUUCGUCUUCGUCCGAGUCGAGUGACGAGGAAAGCGAGGCCAAAGGCCUGGCUGCGCUUCGCGCCAAGGUUGACAGGCCCCGGAUUCCAAAGGUGGCGCAGCCACAGCGACGUCAGAUCGUAAUCAAGGAGGAUCACCACCUGGAGCGCGCUCGUCUUGAACGUGCCGAUGCCGAGCGCAAACGCAUCCUGCGCAGCCCGCCCGACUUUUCCGCUUUGCAUCGAAGCAUCUUGACCUGGGACUACACCCAUGACGCCAAUCGCCCUCCGGCGCUGGCCGGCAAAGACCCCGAGUAUCGACGCAUCCAACCUAAUUUUGGCAACGCCAACGACUAUGGCUCCGUCCUCGGUCCGCUCCUCUUGCUCGAGUGCUGGGCCCAAUUCCGGCAAGCCAAGGAGGAAGCCGAGACGUCCAACGCACCUAGCAUUCCAUUUGAAGUAGCAGGACGAUCCACGGUUGAUGCCUUCGUCGACGUCAAUGUCACUAUCUCGCCAGAUGUGCUGCCACCCACUGAGUUCUUCAACGACACCGAGAUUGUUCGCCUCAAGGAGAGGUCACCUGCUAUCUCGGAAAAAGAGCCAAAGAUCAUCCUGGCCAAAGUCGAAGCGUUCAAACGUCACCCACAAGGCCAUCAAUUGACGCUGCGAUGCUGUCUCUCUCAAGAUCGCCAAGGGGUGAGCACGGCGCUGGUCAAUCGCUCCAAGUGGGAACUCAAGAAACUCUUCUCGUUGACAACCCUACACCGCGAGUUUGCUGCUCUCAUGGCCGCGCCUUACUUUGACUUGUUCGCCGACAUUAUUCGCGGGCGUAUUGCUCCCAAAGCGACACUUACCAGCGAUCAAGUCAAAAAGGCAAUGCAAGGUUACCAGGUCAAUGAGCCACAGGCCCGCGCUAUCUUAGGUUCUUUGGCCACCGAAGGCUUUUCGCUCAUCCAAGGUCCUCCAGGUACCGGCAAAACUAAGACUAUCUGCGCCUUGAUCGGUGCCUUUGUCUCGAGUCGAAAAGGUCCAACCACAUCGAUACAAGCCGGGCAGAAUCAAGGCAAGCUCGGCGCCACCAAGAAGAUCUUGCUUUGCGCACCGAGUAACGCUGCCAUUGAUGAAGUCGCCAAGAGAGCUAGAGCUGGCAUCCGUCUAGCCGAUGGCAAAGUCAUACAUCCCAAGAUCGUACGUAUGGGCAGAGACGACACCAUGAAUGUGAGCGUCAAGGAUAUCGCGCUCGAGUAUCUGAUCGAUCAAAGACUGGAGGGUAGCGGCGCUUUCGACAACCAUCGCAACGGAGGCACUACGGCUGAUCCAAGUGCGCUACACUCUGAGAUCCACAGCCUCAAGAUGCAACGAGAGCAGAAGCAGAUCGAGCUCUCGCAGGCGCGAGCGACUGGCACCCCGGCUCUGGUGACGCAAUUGGAAGCCGAGAUCCGAAACUUGUCAGCCAAGAGACUCGGAGUCAUGUCCAAGCUCGACGAAGCAAAGGAUAAGCAGCAGAGUCAGCAUCGACAACGAGAGGCAGACCGUAGACGUGCGAGAUUAGAGAUUCUUGGCGACGCCGACGUAAUCUGCACCACUCUCUCGGGCGCGGGUCACGAGAUGCUGAGCGGCGUUUCGUUUGACUUUGAGACGGUGGUCAUUGACGAAGCCGCACAGGCGGUCGAAUUGAGCACCAUUAUUCCGCUUCGAUACGGUUGCAAGCAAUGCAUCAUGGUUGGUGACCCCAAUCAGCUGCCACCCACCGUAAUCUCGCAAGAGGCCGAGAAGCUUGGCUACUCACAGUCGCUCUUUGUCAGGAUGUUCGAGCGGUCUCCUCAGGCGGUGCACCUCCUCAGCAUCCAGUACCGAAUGCACCCAGAGAUCUCGGUUUUCCCGUCGAAAGCCUUUUACGACUCGAAACUGCAGGACGGACCGAACAUGGCACAGCUGACACGUCAGCCGUGGCACAAGUUCGAACUAACUCGGCCGUUCAAGUUCCUCUCGAUCAAGGCACCAGAGUCGCCGGGCCGGAUGCAUUCCAUCAUCAACAGAGAAGAGGCCAACGUGGCGUUGGCUCUCUACGAACGAUUGCGGAUCGACAACCCGAGCGAGAACUUCGAUUAUCGAAUCGGCGUGGUGACCAUGUACAAGGCUCAAGUUUUUGAGCUGAAGCGCACCUUCCAGCAGCGUUAUGGUCUCGACAUUGUGGAACGGAUCGACUUCAACACGGUCGAUGGCUUCCAGGGACAAGAGAAGGACAUUAUUAUUCUCAGCUGUGUCCGAUCUGCUGCAGAGCCUCGGAGCAUCGGUUUCUUGAGCGAUCAACGACGUCUCAACGUAGCUGUGACUCGUGCCAAGAGCAACUUGUUCAUCAUUGGUAACGCCGAGCACCUUCGUCGAGGCGAUCCGAUCUGGGAUAGGCUGGUCACCACUGCCGAGCAACAGGGCGCAGUGCAGCCCAUCACGGUAGCGCUGUUGCAGAAAGGUGACCGCACUAUGGCCAAGAACCACGCUGCAAUCGAGCACAAGCGACCUCCAAGUGCCACUGCUGCUGCAGGCGCUGCCACUCAGCCCAAACCUGCACGAACUCCAGGCCCACCACCUGCCGGAUCACCAUCUAUGGCACCGCCUGCGCCAAAAGCUUCGACACCGUUCGCACAUCCGCCCUUAAACCCGGCCGAUAAUCCGCUACGUGGAUCGGUGCAAAGUCCUAGCGGUGUAGCAACGGGCAAAGGCGGAGGAGAGGAAAAGAAGCGUAAAGCCAUCGUCGUAGAUGAUCCCAAGAUGGCGCCGAAGAAGCCCCGCGUAUCUGAUACAAACCUGGGCGCAGGCAAAACGCGGAUCGCCGUUCCGACGCCUUCCAGACAUGAGGCGGGCGGCGUUGUCAAUGGACGAGCGCACGCAAAUGCAAAGAUAGGAGGGCUGCGGCCUCCUCAAAUCGGUGGCUCAGCGAACGAUCUUCCAACAGGAAAGCUUCGCGUUGCUCAGCAUUCAAGUCCGCAAGAGGUAUCGACGAGUCAUCCAAGAAAGCCAGUGACUGUAGCAGGUACAAGUCCCAGAGAGCGUGUUCCCGUAGGUGUGUCAAACAGGAAUGCAACAGCCAACGGUAGUCCACGAGGACUGGCAGCUCUGCCUCGAAGGCCAGCCAGUCCACCCAAGCCGUCAAACGCUGCACUCAACGCGCUGUUUGUCAAGAAGCGCAAAUAG